UGCGUGUGUUCAGAGGAAAAAAAAAGUAAAAAAGGGUUUAAAAAACAAAGAAAUAAAAGAGAACAGAGACUCGAAAAAGAAGAACCCUAGAAGCCGUCGACAAUCGGCGAAAGAUUUCCUUUGACGCCAGGUUCUCGAGGUUUUCAGACUACAUGUUUUGAUGAGAUUGGACAAUGGCUGGUCAUUCGGCGAAAGGGGCUCCAACAAAUGGAUCAGUCUACGUUUGUAAUCUCCCACAUGGAACUGACGAGGAUAUGUUGGCUGAAUAUUUUGGCACCAUUGGGUUGCUAAAGAGAGACAAGCGUACUGGUAGGCCCAAGAUAUGGUUCUACCGAGACAAAGAGACCAAUGAACCGAAGGGAGAUGCUACAGUUACCUAUGAGGAUCCACAUGCUGCUUUGGCCGCUGUUGAGUGGUUCAAUAACAAAGAUUUCCAUGGCAGCAUAAUUGGAGUUUUUAUUGCUGAAUCAAAGAAUAAAGAUACUGUAGAAUCAAGUGACUUUGGUGGAUUUGAGGAUGCCGCUACUAAGGAAACAAACGGGGGUCCUGGAAGGGGUAGAGGCCGGGGUGAUUCUCUAGGGAAAGCAUGGCAGCAAGACGGGGACUGGUUAUGCCCAAAUACAAGUUGUUCAAAUGUGAAUUUUGCGUUCCGUGGUGUGUGUAAUCGCUGUGGGACUGCCAGACCGGCUGGUGCAUCUGGUGGUGGCUUGGGGGCUGGUGGUCGUGGAAGGGGCCGAGGUGGAGGUGCGGAUGCUGGGGCCCCUGGCCGGCAAGUCAGUGCUACUUCAGGACUGUUUGGUCCGAAUGAUUGGUCUUGUCCAAUGUGUGGCAAUAUCAAUUGGGCUAAGCGUGCAAAAUGUAAUAUCUGCAACACCAAUAAACCUGGUCAUAAUGAAGGUGGUGUGAGGGGAGGGCGUGGUGGUGGUUACAAAGAAUUGGAUGAAGAAGAAUUAGAGGAAACGAAGCGACGCCGACGUGAGGCAGAGGAUGAUGGUGAGAUGUACGAUGAGUUUGGCAAUUUGAAGAAGAAAUUCCGUGCAAAAGCGCAUCGAGCUGAUGCUGGACACACUGUUGCUGCUGGUCGUGCCGGAUGGGAGGUUGAGGAGCUAGGUGUUGAAAGGGACGGGAGAGAGAGAAGCAGCAGAGACAAACGGAGAGAUAGAGAUGACAAGCAGAGGGAUCACGACGAUAGGGAGAGACGCAGAAGCCGAAGUAGGGAGAGGGAAAGAGGAAAGUACCAUGACCGUGAUCGUGACAGAGGGGACAGCCGAGACAGGGAGCGGGAUCAUGACCGUGAACGCAGCAGCAGGUACCGUUACUAAAUCCCGAGACGAGUACCGAAACCUUUAGGUUAGUUUUCCGGACACCCUUUUGCUUCUCCGAGUGAAGCAUAUAUGACUGUGUGGUUGGUGCUGUGGUUUUCUUUCUAUCCCCUUUGGUACUGAGGUUUCUCAAAGUACUUUUGUUGUGCCAUUUGAUGCUUUGGAAUUAUUCACUUGUGGUCGGAUUCUUUAAAAGUCUUUUGUUUUUACUUUUGAGUAGAUUAUGAUUAUUGCAUUUAAA